AAUAAUGCAAACCACACAAAAUCUUUUAUGUGGUGGUGUUGCCAAUUAAUAGGGAUUUCUUUUUUAAACAAAUUUUAUUACUAUAAAUGAUCUAUAAAAAUUGCUCCUUUUUAUUAGUUUAUUAUAGAAUCAAUUCUUCAUUGUUUAGAAAGUUUAUUGUAAAAUUAAGUCUAAUGUUUCUUUAAAGAAUAAUAAAUUUUAAUAACUCCACUACCACAAGUCUUAUAAUAAGCUAGGAGAGGCCAAAAACCAACCUUUAUUUUUUAGUUAAGGAAUAAUGUCUCUUUAGCAUGUAAUAUUAUUAACUGAAAUUAAAAUAAAAAAGCUAUAAUAAAAAUAAUGUAGGUAACCAUUGGUUAGUAAUUUGUUUUUAUUAUACAAAAUUCCAAACAUGAACCUCCAGGGGUUCCAGAGCCCUCCCCACCCAAAAAAAAAAGCACUUUUACUAUGUUGCUGAGGUAGUAAGAGGCCUAAUAAGAUGAUGGUGGCCCCAGUUUGUGAUCAGUGUGAUUGGUUUUAGUUUUGCUUUUUGCCUUUUCUUUUUUUUCUUUUCUUGGAUGAGAAAGAAUGAUUCUUGAGCCAGAGAGCUAACCUCACCACCACAACAAAGCUUCACAGCAACUGAAGAGGCAGACAAGAAUAAGGGGUGUGGAUCCUUAACUUGUUCUUCUCCUCUUUCUCAUACUCACCCACUCUCAUUCUUCUUACGCUACUUUUUGCCUUUACCACAUCUCAUCUCUUAUUUUCUUUUACCUUUUCCAUCUCAACUUUACUUUAAUAUAUAUUAUUAGUUCAGAGUGCUCUUCUAGUUUUGGAAGUUUGGGGUUUAGGUUUUUGCUUCAAGUUGUAUUAGAGAUUAUUUUCUGGUUAUGUUGUGGUUUUUAGCUUCUUUUACCGACUAAUAAAGCUACUAACUUUAUACUACUUUUUUGGAUUUGUCUUGGUGGUUUCUGUCUGUUGGAACAUUAUCUCUAUUUCUCAUUCAUGGGUUGGUUUCUAUUUCUGUCUUAAUGUGUUUUUCUUUCCUGCUAAACCAUCUAAAGGCUUCUCUUUUUUUGCUGUUCUUUGCUUCUUCACACUCCUGCUGACUUACUCAGUUGGGGAAAAAAGCUUCUCUACGUACGUUAUAAUUUGUGAUUUGGGAGAUGGGGUGGGGCUCUUCUUUGGGUGUGGUAUUAUUGUGUUUAGUCUCAGUUUCUAUGGUGUGGAGUAGUGUGAAUGGUAUAGGUGCAAACUGGGGUACACAAGCCAGUCACCGUCUGUCUCCAGAUAUUGUAGUGAAGCUUCUGAGGCAGAAUGGGAUUCAAAAGGUUAAGCUUUUUGAUGCUGAGUACGACACUCUUAGGGCUCUGGGUAGAUCUGGUAUUGAGGUCAUGGUGGGUAUUCCAAACGACAUGCUUUUGACAAUCGCCACCAGUGUCAAGGCUGCUGAGAAAUGGGUUGCCAAGAAUGUUUCAACUCAUAUCUCCAACAACAAUGUAAACAUCAGGUAUGUUGCUGUUGGUAAUGAACCUUUCUUGGAGACCUACAAUGGAACCUUCAUACAAUCAACAUACCCUGCUCUACAGAAUAUCCAAUCUGCUCUCAUAAAAGCUGGCCUCAGCAACCAAGUAAAGGCAACUGUCCCCCUCAACGCCGAUGUCUAUGCAAGCUCAGGUGGGCUUCCAUCUGGGGGUGAUUUCCGAACUGAUAUCCGCGACCUUAUGAUUGCCAUUGUCAAGUAUUUGAGCGACAAUGGUGCCCCCUUUACUGUGAACAUUUACCCUUUCAUAAGCCUCUACACAGAUGAUAACUUCCCUGUUGAGUAUGCUUUCUUUGAUGGAAAUGCCUCACCAAUUGUUGAUGGCAAGGCAACCUAUUACAACAUGUUUGAUGCAAAUUAUGACACUCUUGUAUGGGCUCUUCAAAAGAAUGGUUUUGGAAACUUACCAAUCAUAGUAGGAGAAAUUGGAUGGCCAACAGAUGGAGAUCGCAAUGCUAAUCUAGUUUAUGCCCAGCGCUUCAACGCAGGCUUCAUGUCUCACAUAGCAGGUGGAAAAGGAACUCCCAUGAGAGCCGGGCCUAUUGAUGCCUACUUGUUUAGCUUAAUCGAUGAGGAUGCAAAAAGCAUUCAACCUGGAAAUUUCGAGCGCCAUUGGGGGAUAUUCUACUAUGAUGGCUCGCCAAAAUACCAACUUAAUCUUGGUACUACAAAUACAGGAACACUGGUUAAAGCUCAGGGUGUGGAGUAUUUGGAACCAAAGUGGUGUGUGAUGAGGCCAUCGGCCAAACUUGACGACCCACAAAUUCCACCGAGUAUGAGCUAUGCGUGUGGACUAGGUGAUUGCACUAGCCUCGGGUAUGGGACUUCCUGUGGCAACUUGGAUGCUCGGGGGAAUAUUUCAUUUGCGUUUAACAGUUACUUUCAGAUAAAUAAUCAACUUGACACUGCUUGCAAGUUUCCAAACCUUUCAAUGACCACAAAAACGAAUCCAUCAGUUGGGACUUGCCGAUUUCCAAUAAUGAUUAAACCGUACUAUGGCGGAGCAGGGAGGCUCCAGAAGCUACCAGGAGGCUUGGUUGCAGCACUUGUUCUGUUGUUGGUAACACUUGUGUGAAAUCUUCUUGAGAUCCAAUCCUCAUGUAAGGUGAGGUACCUACCAUUAUCCCUCUGUAGAGGAAAGGAAAGUAAGGCCAGUUGAUUGAGAAUUGGCGUUGAAAUGUUGUACAAAUUUUUGGGGUUAAGCCAAGGAAUGCUUGAAAUUUGUCUGGAUUAUGCAUAAUGCAUAUUUGAAACUAGAAUGAACUCUUUAUUGAACUAUUUUAUGAGAUUAGCCAUAUUAUUGUGAAA